CAGAUGGAGUUGCUUAAUUCAACCACAGUGAAGGAAUUCAUUCUGCUCGGCUUCAGAGUUGGACAACAAGGUCGCCUGCUGCUUCUCAUCUCAUUCACAGUUGUCUACAUCCUCACUUUGGUUGAAAACUUGAUCAUCAUCAUGGUAGUGACUCAAGAUGCUCACUUGUCCCGACUUCCCAUGUACAUUUUGCUGAGCAACUUUUCCUGGCUGGAGGUCUGUUACGUAAGUGCCACAGUGCCACGGAUGCUCUUUGACCUGUCCUUCCCAGGUGGGGCCAUCUCUUUCCAUGCCUGCUUCUUCCAGUUUUAUGUCUUCUUCUCCCUUGGCACUACUGAAUCUCUCUUCCUCUCAGCCAUGGCCUUGGAUCGGUAUUUGGCCAUCUGCUGUCCACUACGGUACACACAAAUUAUGUCUAAAAAGUUCUGCUUCCUCCUGGUGAGUAUUUGUUGGAUCACUGGCUUUCUCUGCUACAUUGUCCCAGUGUCCUUGAUCUCCAGGUUGUCCUUUUGUGGUCCCAACUCUAUUGAUCACUAUAUUUGUGACUCUGGAGGACUCCUGGCCCUGGCUUGUAAUCCCCUGGGAUACCUCUCUCUUUUCUGCUAUGUCAUCACUUCUGCCUUGAUACUGGGCACUUUCCUUUUCAUUGUAGUCUCCUAUGUGGGGAUUAUUUUCACUCUGAUAAAAAGGUCUAGUGAAAACUCUGGAAACAAGGGCUUUUAUACUGUGUCUUCUCACCUAGCAGUGGUGACACUCUUUUAUGGUUCUGUGGCCACUAUGUACAUUGGACACAGUGAGAAAAAUCGUACUGAGAAUAUUAAAGUGAUGACACUCUUCUACUCUGCUGUUGCCCCUUUGCUUAACCCCUUGAUCUACUGCCUGAAGAAUAGCCAGGUGAAAGAAGCAUUGGCUAGGUUCUUGAGAAGGAAGAGGGUUAUAUAG